CAUGCCUUCAUCAAUUGCUUGUAGUCCAUAUAAUGAUUUCAUGUCAUCCUCCUCACGAAAGGUAGUUGUCUUUCUCACAGUGCCUACAGCAGAUAUCAACUUGUGAUCAUACCCAAAAUUCCAACAACUAGAACCCAUUAUGGCACCUUCAGCAACGGAUCAACACAACGGCGAUUUUUAUCCUAGUUAUACUGAGGAUCGCAACACCAAGUCGCAGGAUACCAUUUACACCACAAGCAAUGGCGCACCGUAUCCCCACCCAUACGAAUCCCAGCGUGUUGGCGAGAAUGGCCCACUCCUGCUCCAAGACUUCCAUUUGAUUGAUCUCCUUUCACAUUUCGACCGCGAACGCAUUCCCGAGCGCGUUGUUCACGCAAAAGGAGGCGGCGCUCAUGGGUACUACAAGACCACCAACUCUCUCGAAGACUUGAGUUUGGCCGAGAUCUUCAAGGAGGGCGCUGAGUGCCCCAUCUCAGUUCGAUUCUCAACCGUUGGCGGCGAGUCUGGCUCCCACGAUUGUGCUCGCGAUCCUCGAGGCUUCUCUGUAAAGUUCCGCACGUCUGAGGGAAACUGGGAUAUGGUGGCGAACAACACCCCUGUGUUCUUCCUCCGCGAUGCUGCCAAGUUCCCGCACUUCAUUCAUACUCAGAAACGCCAUCCAGCUACAAACCUCACCCAUGCGGAUGACUCGACUGUCUUCUGGGAUUACCUUUCGCAGAACCCGGAGUCUGUUCACCAGGUCAUGAUCUUGAUGGGCGACCGCGGUAUCCCGGACGGCUACAGGUUCAUGCAUGGAUACAGUGGCCAUACCUUCAAGCUCAUCAAUAAAAAAGGCGAGUGGGUCUAUUGUCAAUUCCACUUCAACUCGAAGCAAGGGACCAAGUUCAUCACUCAAGCCGACUCCGCGUCCAAGUCUCCCGACUACGCACAGAAGGAUCUGUUCUUCGCCAUUGAGCAUGGCGAUUACCCAGGCUGGGACGUCAACAUCCAAACUAUGACCGCGAAGGAGGCUGAGGAGCUCUGGGAGAAACAGAAGAUCAACGUCUUUGACCUCACCCACAUCUGGCCCCAGAAGCAGUUCCCUCUCCGUAAGGUCGGCGAGUUCUUCCUUAAUGAGAACGUCCAGAACUACUUCGCCGAGAUCGAGCAAAUUGCGUUCGCUCCUUCUCAUUUGAUCCCCGGAAUCGAGCCAUCAGCGGAUCCCGUCCUCCAGAGCCGCCUCUUCUCCUAUCCAGACACUCACCGCCACCGAAUUGGCCCGAACUAUCAGCAGCUCCCCGUGAACGCUCCCAGGACGGCAUACAAAGGAGCAAACUUCCAGCGAAACGGUGCCAUGGCCUUCUACAACCAAGGUUCGCGACCAAACUACCUUUCCUCCAUCGAGCCCGUGACCUUCAAGGAGCGCCAGACCGACCUCGACAAGACCCACGGCCACUUCAUCGGCAACGCCGUUACCUUCCUCUCCGAGAUCCGACCCGAAGACUUCAACGCCCCGCGCGCGCUAUGGGAGAGAGUGUUCGACGACGGCGCAAAGGAGCGCUUCAUCGGCAACGUGUCCGGCCACAUGGCCAACUGCUCCGACAAGGAGAUCAUCAAGCGCCAGAUCGGAAUCUUCCGCGAGGUCUCCGAGGAUCUGGCAUCGAGGCUCGAGAAGGCGACGGGCGUGAAGGGAUACCCAGGUAUCUCCGGGUUGAGGUUCAAUGGCACGCACAAUGGGAUGGCGCAGGACGAGAAGCUGAGAGGUGCGAAUGGGAUGUCGGCUGGAUCUGCGAAGAAGGAAUCAGGUUGGAAUGGUGCACCGGUGACGGGCACACAUGCCGUGAAGGCAUGAGGGGGAGGAUUUGAAUAUCCUUUUAUUCAUUGUUUGUUCUUGUGAUAUGACUUUUCUCUUCUUGAUAUUGUAUGUGUAGGUAUAUUAAUUGAUCAGUUCAUGGAUGCUGCCGAUGGUUUAUGUCGCCUAAAUAUAACCGAUACAGGAAAGUUGGAUAGCUCUGCCCACGUGCAAGUGAACACGUAAACGCUUAGAUGCCAUGAUGUGCAAUAGAGCCGAUGUGUAUCUAUACAGACGGA